AUGGCCUUCAGCUUCGGCUUCUCUGGGGAUGACAUUGACAUUGAUGAAUCCGGGACCAAUAACGAUAUCCUUGAAGUCCCCUCGCAUAAUGCCAAUUCCCUCCCGGAGCUGGUCAAAGCAAGUAAACAUGAUCUGAAUGAGUGGCUUGCUACCCUCCCAUCUCAAAUAUCCUACAACCGGCUCGCCAUCAGCGACUCCCCGGUGGUCAUUGCUCGUCGAGAAAUCUUCGACAUCCGCACUCAGCUGAUGGCCGAGGACAGCGGCGACCAUGACAAUGCAGAGCUGAUUGCCGGCCUGGAAGAAGGCGACCUCAAGCCCAAUUUCUAUGAAGGCGGUUUCAAGACCUGGGAAUGUUCCCUGGACCUGGCUAAACUUGUCACCGGAGAAGAUGACUUCCAGACAGAUGCCCAUGUUAUCGAGCUCGGUGCAGGCACUGCCGUACCGUCUCUGACGCUUUUUGCUCGCACACUAGUCGAUACUGCUACAUCCGGGCCGAGUCCCGGAAACACUCACUUCACCUUUGCGGACUAUAACUCCGCCGUGCUUCGGCUCGUCACGCUGCCGAACCUCAUUCUAACCUGGCGCAAUUGCCUUUCGCAGCAGUCUGUCUCAUCCGAGUCAGAGCAGGACCCCUCUCAGACUGUAGAGGACGAGCUCGAUGUCACGCCGGAACUGCUGGAUGAGUUCAAGACUGACCUCGCCCAGCGCGGCAUCACCGUCGAUUUCAUUUCCGGCGCCUGGUCCCCCGAAUUCGUGGAUUUUGUGCUCUCUGCGAGCGGUGUCGCAGAACGGCGGACCCUGGUGCUUGCUAGUGAAACCAUCUAUUCACCGGCAUCGCUGACUGCAUUCUCUGAGACUCUGCUGGCGUUGCUGCGCCGUUCUAACUCUGCGUCGACGAGAAGCCGGGCCCUGGUUGCUGCCAAGAAGGUUUACUUUGGGGUUGGCGGGGGCGUGGAUGAGUUUCUUGCUGUGCUGCGGAAUACCAGUGCCGAUGAGCUGGAUGUCGAGCAGAAACUAGAUGUUCAGUCUGAAGGCGUCGGGCGGGUCGUGCUGGAGAUUGUGCCGGCUGUCAACAGUACUCACUAA